AUGGGCAUAAAUUCAAUCUGUGCCAACAAUGCGACCAGCCCGCCGCUGGAUGUAGGGAUGACUUCCACCGUAGUUGACAUAAAAAUGGAACCGACUAGCUGUCCUUCCAACGACACGAGCUGCACCCAUUCUAAUCUCAACUGCGCCAGUACCAAUGAACCAAUUGGUAUAGGCUUUGUGGGCGGGCAAAUCGGUGACCUUAAAAAUGGAGCUACAACCGUGACUGUGAUGGAGGCGGAGGGCCAGGAAGAGGAAGAAGGCGAUGAGGCGGAGGUUGAAUUGAAAGAAGGGGACGAAGAAGGGACAGUUUUUCCCCAUGAACCUGGGAAAAUUUUUAUUGGUGGCUUGAACCCGUGCACUACAAUUGAAACAUUGAAGUUUUACUUUCGAAAAUAUGGCGAAAUCAAGAAUUCACUGAUAAUGCGAGACAUCAUCACUAAAAAGUCUCGAGGAUUCGGUUUUGUGACAUUUGUUGACCCAAGUGUGGUUGAAAACGUUCUGAAUGACGCUCCUCACAUGCUUGAUUCGAAGCGGAUGGGCGAGUUUUUCGUUCCUUUUUUUAGAGGGGCUGGCUCAGGUCACGCCCUUUUCCGUUGUUAUCACAGUCUUUGUUGGACUCAAAUGCUAACUAGUACAAACGGACAACGAAAUGACUAUAGAGCCAAAGAUUGCGGUUCCGAAGCAGGCAGCGUUAAAAGCAAUAACGAAUGCGUGGAUAGGAGCGUUGCGUAUAAAAUCGAGGCAGAAAUGAACUCAUUAACUGACUCAAAUGAAAAAAAUACUGGCGUUAAACGAAGAAUUGAUGGUGCUCCUGUUAACACAUUCUUAAACACUUCAACAAUGAAUGCCACAUUGAUCGCGACUCAGGCUCUAUUGCGGACAAAAAAGGUCUUCAUUGGUGGAGUCUCUACAUCAACAACAGCAGAUGAUCUGAGAGUCUUUUUCUCUACGUACGGAGACAUUGACUCUUGCGAACUGAUGUUCGAUAGGGCAACGAACCGCUCAAGAGGCUUUGCCUUCAUCACUUUUGCAAGUGAAUCUGCAGCUGAUAUAGUUUGCCAAAAACAGUUUCAUACCGUGAAUAACAAAAAGGUGGAAGUGAAGAAAGCCGUUCCAAAAGAAGUUAUGAGCAAUACCAAUACACUACUCAGGCAGCGGCAGUAUGCGGUACAAAAUAUGCCCCUGCCUACGGCGAACCAUCAUACCGCAGUCACAGGAACUGGGCCGAGCACAAGUCACUACGUGGGUGCGGGAACUACUGCUGCCUUAGGCAAUGCUUCGAGCAUUCAGGCAUCUACGGCUUCUGCACUGACGGUGCCCCAAAUGUUAACAAUGUUCAAUGCUUUCCAACCAAAGGCACAACAACAGCAGCAACAACCAAGACUCAAUGCUCCCAACCCUUUGCUCUCUGCGCCUCUCCAAUCUGCUGUUACACCGUUCCAGAAUUUUAAUUACCUACUCCCGUUCAACUAUCAAAAUGGUGGCAUAUUAGCUCAAACAGACGCAGCAAAUCUGCCCCCGUGUGCACACCCCACACUGCCUACCUCAAGCAUCGCUCCUUAUGACUAUGCAGCGGCCUUGGGAGCGUCAUAUUCCAGUCCAACUUCAGCCCUUUCUCCCUUCCCUUCGCGACUUCCACCGUCUUAUUCCAAUCCAGUCGGAUUACCGACGGCACAGCAGACUUUGAUCGGCGCUACCGCACCAGCAUACGCUCCGACGGGUUUAAACAUGGCAUCUGCUCUGGAGACCACCUUCUCACAACCUCUGCAAACUAUGCAGGCCUACAAUGCAGUUGCCGCUGCUGCCGCUGUUGCCUAUAACCUUUGCUUUUUACAAGAGCAACACCAUCAACAGGCUGCGGUUAUGGCCGCUGCGUCAGCUUUGCAGCUGUCGACCUCAUCAGUGCCGCCAGUUGCAUCGCCAUUGUCACCCCCGGGAACAGCAACGCAGCCUCAAAGUGCUGCUUCAGUCAAUGGAUAUGCCGUAAAUUCGAUGGCGAACCGGCAGCGAAUUAUCAUACAGCAAACGCCUCAGUCCAGUAACAGGCCCACUGGUCCGAUGGCACCACUUCAGCCUACGCAAGACAUAAACUCAUCCGAACAGACAACCACAUCGCAGUCAAAUGCCACUGCUGCGGACGCUAACUCAGGCCUCUAUAUAAUGCCUGCGAAAGUUCCUAGGGAAAAUUAUGCACCUUUUGAAGUUCAGAUGUGGACGCAGUAG